AUGACGGAGAGCAAAGAGAAAAAUAUGACUAAAGAAGAGAAGAUCGGAGAGAUCGAAAUGAAAGAUGAGAAGAAGGAAUCUGCGUUCUAUGAGAUCGGUCACGACUCAUGGAAGCUCUAUAAAGAGAAAUUCAAUGUUGGAGCGACGAAUAAGAACAAGAAGUUAAGGAAGUUCUAUAAAGAGCAGUCCCGCUUUGUCGACAACCUUUUUGAGGAACCUGUUGAUGAGAAAGAUGACAUUGGUGGGUGGCCCACAAAAAUAGCUAUCUAUGGGAGUUUUGCUAUUAACUUGUGUCUCUGUGUCACGAAGAUUGUUGCUGCUGUGUUUUCGGGGUCACUUACAGUCAUAGCAAGUGCGUUGGACUCAUGUUUGGAUAUUGUGUCUGGUGCCGUUGUCUUCAUCACGGCGCUCUUGAUGAAGAAGCCGAACCCUAGUAAGUACCCGAUAGGGAAGAAGCGGAUGGAACCAUUAGGGAUUAUAGUAUUUGCGACUGCUAUGUUUACUGCGACGAUUCAAUUGUUGACAUCAGCAGGACAGACUCUUCUAGCUGGGUCUUCUGAGUUUGAGAUGUCGAUCUUCCCCAUCUGUGUCAUUGGUGCCACUAUCUUCUUAAAGUGUUGCUUAUUCCUGUAUUGCAGAACGGUGAAUAACCCAGCUGCUGGUGCGUUAGCGGACGAUCACCGGAAUGAUAUCUUGACCAACACCUUUGGUAUGUGUAUGUCUAUAGUUGGGUAUUACUACUUCUGGUGGUUGGAUGCUGUAGGUGGUAUUGUCUUAUCGUUCUACAUCAUGUUAAAUUGGUUCAUGACAUUACUGGAAUAUCUCUCGAUUAUGUCCGGAAAAGCAGCGCCACAAGAGUUCAUCUCACAGAUCAUCUUGACGUGCUGGAACCACGACCCGAGAAUUAAGGCAAUUGAUACUGUGAGAGCAUUCCACUUGUCAAUGGGGUAUAUGGUAGAAGUCGAUAUCGUUUUGAAUGAAAAUAUGACACUAGCUGAAGCCCAUGACAUCGGGGAGACUCUCCAAACCAAAAUUGAGAAACACCCCAAUGUGGAUCGUGCCUUUGUCCAUUUGGAUUACAAUGAUGACCAUGAUGUGUUUAACGAGCACGAACAGGAUUGA